ACCGAGCCUUGCACCUGCUCCCCCUCUCUGCCUCGCUCCCCACUCGACUCCCCUCGACACACGAUGUCCCUCCCUCGCCUCGUCAUCGUCGGCGGUUCCGGCCGUGUCGCCGUCAAGUUCACCCACACCGCCUCGUCCCACUUCGCCAUCGACUCGCUCGUCCGCAACAAGGACCACUUCGACGCCAUCUCCAAGGCGGGCGCCACCCCGAAGCUCCUCAGCCUCGAGGACGCCUCGGUCGAAGAGCUCGCUCGCGACUUCAAUGGCGCCGACGCUGUCCUCUUUGCGGCUGGCGCGGGCGGCAAGGGUGGAAAGGAGCGCACGGUCAAGGUCGACCAGGACGGAGCCAUCAAGGUCUUUGACGCUCUCGAGAGCCUCUCUGGGCCCAAGCCCUACCUCGUCCUUGUCGGCGCUCUCGACACCCGCGACCUGUCCAAGCCGGCUCCCGCUCACUACACCGAGGAGGACAAGGAGGCGUCCAAGAAGGCGCACGACGCGAUCGGUGCCUACUACGACGCCAAGCUCGUCGCCGACCAGAACCUGUCGAAGCGCACGUCGUUCCCGUGGACCGUCCUGCGCCCGGGCCACCUCCUCGACGACUCGGCCAAGGGCCGUGUCGAGCUCGGCGUCACGCACAUGGGCGGCGUCACGCGCGACGAUGUCGCCUCGACGCUCCUCGCCCUCUUCCGCCUCUCGCCCGAGCAGCGCGAGCAGGUCCGCGGUCGCGCACUCGACCUCGUCCAGGGCUCGGACCGUGACAUGCCUGUCGACGAGGCGGUCAAGCAGGCGCUCGGCAGCGGCGAGUCGAGCCUGUGAAGGAGCGGCCCCCCUCUCCCUCUCUCGGCUCGUCUCGCGCCCGCUUUCUCUCGAAUCGACGUGUAGAUACGAUCCAAAUGAAGUACCUCCGCCUCUCUACACC